GGGGAAUCCAGGAUCCCAGGGGCCACAGGCACGGGAGGGAUGAGGGGCGGCCUGUGAGGGGCGCCCCUCCCUCCCUCGGCUCCUUGUGCCCGCCGGCACCGCCCCCUCCCGGUUCCGAGGGCGCGAGUCGGCCAGCGCGCAUGCCCGGGGCGGGGCGCGGGGCGGGAGCGCGGAGCGGGCUCUGGGGACAGCGGCUCCGGGGACAGCGGCUCCGAGUCCGCGGGUCCGCCCGCCAGCCCGGCCCUAGGCAGCCGAGGCCGUUGGGGCAGCGGCAGGAGCCAGAGCGCAGCGCUCGACGAGCCGGAGCAGCUGCACCCCCAGAACCAGACAGCAGCCUUGGACUCAAGUAUGGCCACAAGGACAAAUGAACAGUGCUGAAGACCCAGACUGUCUCCAGCUGCUCCAGAAAGACUCUAGCCCCUCAGAACCCUUCUGCAGCCCACAGGAUGGAAGCCUGGGUGCUGGGGGCCUGGCCAUGAGGGACUACUGCCCCUCCCAACAAAAGGCCAGCCCUGCACCCUUUAAGCACACCCCUGACCAAAGCCCAGGCAUGGACUCUAGACGCAGUUACCCUAGCGGGGCUGGGGAAGGGGCCUCCUGCUCUGAGGGGCCUUCCGGGAGCUCAGCUUACCCUCCUUCCAUUUGCAUCUCUCCCCAGGAGGCAAUCACCAAGGAGACACUAGGGGCACAUGGAGCUUCAACCUCAGGGAUACCAGAAACCACCUUGCCUGGGAAGCUAGACCCUGUGUCCUCAGUGAAAACUGAUCCCACAUCCUUAGACGGCAGAAAUCCUAUGUUGUUGGAGAAGAUGGAUUCCAAGUCCUCAAAGCAGGCCAAUCCCACUUCCAUAGGCAAGGAAGAUGCUGGGUCCUCAAUGAAGGCAGAUCCCACGUUGAUAAGAAAGACAGAGACCAUGAUUUCUCGAAAAGGGGAUGCUAUGGCUGCUGGAAGGAUAGAUCCCAUGAGUUCAAGAAAGGGGGAUCCUGGAUCCUUAGGAAAAGUAGAUCUGAUGUGCUCCAGCAAGGUGGAUGCGGUGUCGCCCUUGAAGGAGGAUCCUGGGUCUUUGAGAAAAAUAGACCAUGUAUCUUUAGGCAACAUGGAUCUUGCAUCCCCACAAAAGGAGGAGCCCAAGUAUUCUAGAAAAGAACACCCUGUGUCCUCAGAAAAGGUGGGCACUAUAUCCACUGGAAAGGUGGGUCUUUUGUCCUCGGAAAAGAGACAUUCUGGCCCUUCAGGGAAGGUGAAUCCUACUUCCUUGGAGAGCAUAAAUUCUAUGUCCACAGAAAAGACAGAUUCUGCACUCUUGGAAAAGCUGACUCCAGGGUCAUCAGGCAAGACAGAGCCUAUGUCCUUUGCAACUGUGACUCCUGGGUCCUUGGGCAAGGUGGGUUCUACACACUUGGAGACCACAGAUCCUGCAUGUAUGGGCAAUGCAGAAACUGGGUCCUCUGUAAAAGAGGACCCUCAGUUACAGGGAAAGAUGGACUCUUCCUCCUCAGGAGAGGGAGGUCCCAUGGCUAUAGGAAUGAUAAAAACAGUGUCUACUGGACGGAUGGAUCCUGUCUUUUCAGGAAAGAUGGGUCCCACAUCUGUGAAAAAUGUAGAUCUUGUGUCUUCAAGCAAGAUGGAUCCAGUCUCCUUGAGAAAGGUAGAUCCCAUGUCCUCAGGAAAGCCAGAGCCCUUGUCUCCUGGGCAGACACAACAUGUGUCUGUGGGGAAGACAGAAACUGUAUGCUCAGGAAAAGUGUCCUCCAGAAGGGCGGAUCCCCCAGUCAUAGAAUGCAUAAAAACGUCACCUUCUGGAAAAGUGAACCCUGAGUCUUCAGGAAAGACAGACCCUGUAUCCUCAGGUCCAGGGGAGCCCACAUCCCUGGGCUCCAGGGGUCCCCCAUCUGCAGUAAAAGCUGAGGCAGUGGCUGAGAAGAAAGGAGAUCCACAGUCCUUGGAGAAGGCUGGUCCCACAGCCUCAGGCCAAGUAGAUCCCUUGAGCAGGGGAAAGGUAGAAACUGUCCCCUUUGGAGACAUGGACUCUGUGUCUUUAGGAAAGGUGCCCCCUACAACCCCAGGAAAAACAGUCCUGGAGAAGAUGGAUCCCAUGGGUUCAGAAAAGGUAGAAGCUGUCCCAGAGGGAAAGGUAGAUCCCCUCUUUCUAGAGAAGGAGAAUCCUGUGAACUCCACAAAAGCGGAAACCAGGGCCUUGGGGAGAGUGGAGCAGAAGGCUGGGGGCAAAACAGAAACAAAGCCCUCUGCGCAUGAGGGUGCCUCGGCGUCAGGAAAAGCAAAGGCAUUGUCUUUGCAGAAGGAGCAGCCAGGGGCAUCUAAAAUGGAUCCUGCGCCCUCGCCCUCAGAGAAAGCAGAGCUCCUUGGGGCUGAGAAGGUGGAGCCUGUGGCCCAGGGGAAGGCUGGCUCUGCAUCUCCGAGAAAAGCAGAGUCCCCGUCCUCGUCCUCAGGAAAGAUGGUCCUUCUGUCCCCGGAAAAGUGUAUCCCCUCCUCUUCCAGGCAAUCAGAUGGCAAACCCUGCGGGUCAGCCCCGUUUGCAGGGGCUGGCGGGAGCAGUCGUGUGGAGUCACAGCCGGUCCCCAACACUGAGGCCUGCCAGAAAGACCUGGCGGCUGCUGGGGCCCAGAGAAGCCCUCGAGCAGAGGCCGCAGUGCCCCCACAGGGGCCACGGACUCGUGACAACUUCACCAAGGCCCCAUCGUGGGACGCAAGCGCCCCACCGCCUCCGCGCGAGGACGCGGGAACGCAGGCGGGCGCCCAGGCCUGUGUGUCGGUGGCCGUGAGCCCCAUGUCUCCGCAGGACGGCGCGGGCGGCCCGGCCUUCAGCUUCCAGGGGGCUCCACGCGCACCCAGCCCCGCGCCCAGGCCGCCCUCUCGCCGGGACGCGGGCCUGCAGGUGUCGCUGGGCGCCACCGAGACGCGCUCCGUGGCCACCGGGCCCAUGACGCCACAGGCUGUUGCGCCACCCACCGCGCCCCCUGCUUUCCCCGAAGUUCGGGUGCGCCCGGGGUCGGCGCUGGCCGCAGCCUUGACGCCCCAAGAGGCGGCCGAGCCUGUGCGCGACGUGAGCUGGGACGAGAAGGGCAUGACGUGGGAGGUGUACGGCGCCUCCAUGGAAGUGGAAGUGUUGGGCAUGGCCAUCCAGAAGCACUUGGAGCGACAGAUCGAGGAGCAUGGCCGCCAAGGGGCGCCGGCGCCUCUGCCCGCCGCACGAGCAGGCCCGGGUCGUGCGGGCUCCGUGCGCGCCGCGCCCCCGGACGGCGCUGCCAAACGCCCACCUGGCCUCUUUCGCGCACUCCUGCAGAGUGUGCGCCGGCCGCGGUGCUGCUCUCGGGCAGGACCCACGGCUGAAUGAGCUGCCCCCGUUUUGUACACCCGGGUCGCCAACUGUCUCAGGCUCCCUUCUUGACCCCAGGGCCCUAGAAGGGGUCCAGUCCCCUCGGUGUGCGAGGGGCAGGCAGCCUCAAGGGGCUUCUCAACCUCUUCUUUCCCAAACACACAAAUGAACCCCCCUACCCAGUCCCUUGGUAGCCAUGAGCCCAGAAACCCACCCCUGCGCCCCCUUUACCCCAUCAGUCCCCAGGUACUCCCUCUCCUGGUCACACUGGGUGAGGCGGGGACCUGCUCAGCACCCCUACUUCCCACCCCUGAGAGCUGAGGCAGGCUCCAGAGAUGGCCAGCCUGGGGCAUUGAGAUCUCCAGGGGGGCCAAUACUGAGCUGGGAAAGACUGCAUGCAAAUCUCUAAGUGAUCCUCCAUGUGUGCAAGGACUGGUGAGUGAGGACCCAAGUGUGCUGAGCUCUGAAUGUGAAGCUCUGGUGGCCUGUGGGUUUCUGGACACGUGAGUGAAUCCCCACACAGUGCUACAGCCCUGUGGCUGGCGUCUCUUGCAUGUUGUUGGUGGUCCUUCCCCAACUCCCCUCUCCCACACACCUGGCCCAUCCCCCAGCCCGAUCUCCUCUCCGAUAGCCCCACCACCACCACCGUUUCACAUCCCUCAUUGGUUCACAAUCCCCAGAGGGGCCAAAGGCUUAGAAGCGCCCUGGGACCUCAGCUGAGAGGGACAGCACAGGAGGGUCAGAGGAUCUCAGGCAGGACUGGAGGUCACAGUGAGGCUCACAGAUGAUCUCUAGCCAUUGCAGCUUGGGUGAUAACGAGUCUUGGCCAUUGGGGACAGGCUGGAGCGCUCAUUCUACAACCACAGUUGUCCUUUGAAGACCACUCUUCAAGCCCUUGUCCCCCCUGUGCAGUGAGUCCCCACAAGACCCUUGUGACCACUCAGUGCCCUUGUCCCCACCCCUCCAGCCUUGAUUUUUUGGCUACAACUGUCACAGUAUACAUUGGUAAUAAAAUCUUUCCCCAA